UCCUUAUCUCAUUUCUCAUUUCAAGGAUUUCAUCGAGAAUCGUUUGGAAAUAAACUCUUGCUUUUCAUAGUUUAUCUUAAUUUGAUAGAAUAUACGAACCUUGGCUCUAUCAACUUGUGUUAUUUUCAUUUUAUUACGUUUUAUAUAUUGUACGAAUAUGUGGUCGUUAUAUUCCGUCAUACGUAGUACGAUUAUUACUCUUUUUUUCUGUACAAGAGUAAUAUAUUUGAGUUGUCGUCAUUUCUACUGCAUGAUAAAUCAUGGACAAGUACAUAUCAUAGCUUCUAAUCAUGAUGAUUCCGAUGAAGAGUAUGCAGCAAGCUUACUGCCACCAAAAAUCAUGUCUUUACCGAACACGUCGAGACUUGAUCAAAGUGAAAUAAGUUUAGCUACCAAGCAAGGAUGUGGCCUUAAAGAUAAUUCAGGCAACAGAAAUUUAUCUAUUGCAUCAAUGAUUCACAAGAGAUCCCUUGGUUUUGGUUUUAGUAUAGGUGAAAAAUGUAGAAUAAGCAGCAAUUUCUUACCGAACAAACCGCGUCAAGUAGCAAAAUAUGAUAGCAAAGUGUUCUGCGGUUCCUAUUCAAAAGAUGGAAAGUUCUUCCUUACAGCAAGUCAAGAUAAACUGUUACGUCUCUAUCAUACCGAUGAUGGCAAAUUUGUGGAAUUUAAAAAAAUUUCCGCACGUGACGUUGGUUGGAGUAUCUUAGACACCGCAUUUAGUCCAGAUGGAAAUUAUAUCGUAUACUCAAGUUGGUCUGAAUGCCUAUAUCUUUGUCCUGUUUAUGGAGAUUCGAAUACACAAGAAUCAUUAUCGUUGUGUCCUGGAGAUCGAAGAUUUUGUAUAUUCUCUUUAGUCUUCUCUAGCGAUGGUAGAGAAAUUUUAGGUGGUGCUAAUAAUGGCUAUCUUUAUGUAUAUGAUCGAGAAUGUCAUCAACGUGCUUUCAGGAUCGAGGGUCACGAUGAUGAUGUAAAUACUGUUGCCUUUGCUGAUAAUACUUCUCAAAUUUUGUACAGUGCAGGUGACGAUGGAUUGUGUAAGGUAUGGGAUAGGAGAACGCUUAGUGAAACAGAUCCACAUCCAGUUGGCGUAUUAGCUGGUCAUAUGGAUGGUAUUACAUAUAUUGAUCCACGUGGAGAUGGUAGAUAUUUGGUUACAAAUAGCAAAGACCAAACAAUCAAAUUAUGGGAUGUUCGUGCAUUCUCUGAUCAUAAUGCUGAACAGAAUACACGUAAUGCAGUUGCAAAUCAAAAUUGGGAUUACAGAUGGCAAAGAGUACCUAGAAGAUUAUACAAAGCUAAAAAUAUGUUAGAAGGUGAUACCAGUAUCAUGACAUAUCGUGGUCAUUAUGUUCUUCAAACCUUGAUACGUUGCCACUUUUCUCCUUCUACUACAACAGGUCAAAGAUACAUUUAUACAGGAUGUGCUUCGGGCAGAGUUAUAAUAUAUGACGUUUUAACCGGACAGAUCGUUAAUACAUUAUUGGGUCAUAAAAAAUGUGUACGCGAUGUAAGCUGGCAUCCAUUUCAUCAAGAAAUUGUUUCAACUUCGUGGGAUGGUGCGGUAAUUAGUUGGCGGUAUUCAGGUAAAACUGGAUUUUAUCAUUUUGAAUCCGAAGACGAAAAUGAUGCGGAAACAGCACCGCGUACACUUAGACGAAGUCAACGUAUAGCUGCACAAAAAGCAAAACACGCAACUACUUGCUGAAAAGGAUCGUGAGAGUAAAUAUUUCUUGAAGAUGAUGCAGCCUUUUGUUUAAAGUUAGUGUUAUUGAAGUUAAUGAAAAAAUUGCCAUAUUUAUGGCCGAGACUGUUCUUCUAUCAAUGAGAGUAAAUUUUAUACAAGACUGAACAAAAGAUAUUUGUGUUUGUGAUCAGCAUUGUGUGAAAACAUGGUCUUAUAAUUUCUAUGGCAUAUUAUUCUCUAUUUCGAGAAAUCGUCCGUAUCUCGCUAAAAUGAGCUUCCGUUUCUAUGCCGCUUAUAUACAAAAUUUUCUAUCCUGAAAAGUAAAAUAAUACGUUGCACCAUAAGACAAGAAUAUUGAUAUAAUAAUAAUAAUAAUAAUUAAUAAGAAUAAAAAUAAUAAUAUUAAUAAUAAUAAUAUAUAAAAUACUGUGUAACAGUAAGAACAGAAUGUAAUACAUCGUUUACAGUUAUAGCUCCCUUCACUAUUUAUGUUGGUAAUUAUAACAAUGGAUAAAGUUAAACAAUUUAAAAUCUUGAUUUUAUGAUCUAUGUUUUAUUUUAAAUUAAAUUU